CGCCUGCUCUCUCCGCCCCCCUCCGGCUUCCCGCCCAAAGUGCCGCGCGCCGGGAUGCGGGCACGCGGGCGCGCUCCCGACUGCCAAGAAACACCUCGCUCCGCCCCACCGGGCGCUUUGUGUCCCAACCAGGCCGCAGCUCCCGCCUUCCCGACGUUCACUGCGACGGCCGCGCCCACUUCCGGCCGUGCCGAAAGCGGCCGCCCACUUCCGUUUUCACGUCCGGAGGCUUUAAUACGUCGAGAGAGAGGACCAAUGAGCAGGGCCCGUUUCCUAGGAGAAUUACUACGAGAGAGGGAAGAGGCCCAGACUGGAGGGAGGCGGUUGAGGUGGGGAUUAUGGCAGAGCCAGCAGGGACCAGCAGCCUAGCCUCUCCCGGGCAGCCCGCGGGGGAGGACAUGGCGGAGGAGGCCGCAGAGACACCAGAGGACACCCCCGAGGGGAUUCCCGAAGACACUCUUGAGGGUACCCCCGAGGAUACCUCAGAGGGGGAUGCGGCCGGCCUGUAUGGCUACAUCAAGGACGACCUGUUCACCUCUGAGAUCUACAAGGUGGAGAUCCAGAAUGUGCCACGCUACGUGGGUUUCAACGACGUCAAGAAGUUCCUGGCCAAGUAUGGCCUGCAGCCCCACAAGACCAAGCUCUUCGGCAAGCAGACGUUCGCCUUUGUGACCUUCAAGAGCGAGCAGGAGCGCGACAAGGCCCUGAAAGUGCUGCACGGGGCCCGCUGGAAGGGCCGCAACCUCAGCCUGCGCCUGGCCAAGCCUAAGGCUGACCCUCUGGCCAAGAAGAGGAAGCGCGAGGCCGACGACGGUGGCCCGGCUGAGCCCAAACGCGCUUCGCAUGCCCCGGCUGGGGCUCCCGCCCAGCCGCCCAGCGCCAAACAAAUCGCUGACGUGGUGACCCCGCUAUGGAGCGUGCCCUAUGAGGAGCAGCUGGCGCAGAAGCAGCGUGAGUGCGAACAGGUCCUGCUGAAACUGACCAAGGAGAUCGGCAACAACAACCGCACGCUGCUGCCCUGGCUCUUUGUGCAGAAGCAGAAAUUCAACAGGAUCUGCUGCCCCCUGGAAGGCAUCAAGGCGUCCCCCCUGCAGACGGAGUACCGCAACAAGUGCGAGUUCCUGAUCGGCACGGGCGUGAACCAGGAGGACAAGACGGUGGGCUGCCGCCUGGGCAAGUACAAGGGCGGCACGUGCGCGGUGGUGGAGCCCUUCGACACCGUCCACAUCCCGGCGGGCACCAAGCACGUGGUCCGGGCUUUCCAGGAGUACAUUCGGUCGACCCCGUACUCCGUGUACAGCCCGGAGACGUACGAGGGGCACUGGCGGCAGCUCACGGUGCGCACCAGCAGGAGCGGCGAGGUCAUGGUGAUCAUCUACUUCCACCCCCAGAAGCUCAGUCAGGAGGAGCUGGCGCAGCUGAAGGCCUCCCUGGGCCAGCACUUCAUGGCAGAGCCCGGCCGGCUCGGAGGGGUAACCUCGCUCUACUUUGUGGAGGAGGGGCAGAGAAAGUCCCCCAACCGGGAGGACCUGCCCCUGGAGCACGUGGCCGGAGACAAGUACAUCCACGAGGAGCUGCUGGGGCUCAAGUUCCGCAUUUCCCCUCACGCGUUUUUCCAGGUGAACACGCCGGCCGCCGAGGUCCUGUACAACACCAUCCGGGACUGGGCCCAGCUGGACGGGGAGAGCACGGUGCUGGACGUGUGCUGCGGGACCGGGACCAUCGGCCUCUCCCUGGCCCGGAAGGUGAAGAAGGUGAUCGGCAUCGAGCUGUGCCAGGAAGCUGUGGAAGAUGCCCGAGUGAAUGCCAAGAUCAAUGCCCUGGACAACAUCGAGUUCCACUGCGGCAAAGCUGAGGACCUGGUGCCCUCCCUCAUCACCUCCCUGGCCUCCCAGAGGCUGACGGCCAUCCUGGACCCGCCCCGAGCGGGGCUGCACUCCAAAGUCAUCCUGGCCAUCCGGAGAGCCGAGCACCUGAAGAAGCUGCUCUACGUGUCCUGCAACCCGCGGGCGGCCAUGGGCAACUUUGUGGACCUUUGCCGAGCGCCCUCCAACAGGGUGAGGGGCUCCCCCUUCCGCCCGGUGCGGGCCGUGGCCGUGGACCUGUUCCCCCAGACCCUGCACUGCGAGAUGCUGAUUUUGUUCGAGAGGGUGGAGCACCCCAAGGGGGAGCCCCCCAACAGCUCCUCGGCAGCCACCGCGGGGGACUGCUCCCCAGAGAGCGCAUCCCCACCCACAGCCGGGGGGGCCCACGCAGAGGACCGUCCGGACGCUUUGCAGACCCCCCCCAGCGACCAGCCCAGAAGCCCGAGCCCCCUCCCCACAACAGCUUUAGUUUCCUAGCAGACUCUCCACCGGGGCCCCCCACAACCCCCAGGGCCCGGAAGCAGCAGGACCCAGAGGCCUCCUGCCCGGGGGGCGCGCGGCGGUCACCCGGCAGAGCCCCUGAAAUAAAUGGUUUUGGAGUUAAUGCCGUCGGGUGUGGUACGGCUCCUCGGCCCCCCAGAAAGCACCCACUCCCCCACCCCCGGGACUGGCUGGGGCAGCCCCGGAGGUGGGCCCCGCCCUAGAGCCAGAGCCGGUUUGCAGAUGCAGCCCCUGCAGGGAGCUCCCUCCCCCCCUGCCCAAGUGCCUGACUGUGGCUCCCGCGCCAGGCCCGAUGCUGGGCCCUCCCGGCACCGGGGUGACCAGGCUUUGCCCUCUGACCUCUCUCCAGACCCGUCAUCCAGAGGUCAGCCCCAGGCUGGCUGGUCACGGAGGGGCCGUCCGUCUCGGGGCCCUCCUGCUCCCUUCCACAGCCCCCCAUUGUGCCCCCCAGGAGUGAGCUGAUACACGGGCUUCAGUCAGGAGCCCCAGCCCCCCGGGAGGCGUCCCAUCCACGGGGGGCCCAGAGGUCGCCUGCCUGGAGCCAAGCCCGGCCCGGGGCAGGGUCACCCCGAAAGGCUCCCACAGGGGCCCAGCCGAGGCUCCCCCGGUACGACCCAGCACAGCUCGGUGACCUCCCGUCCCGAGGCACCUCGAGCCCCAGCGUUUCUUCGUGAAGCCUCGACUUGUCCAACGGCCUUUGUUCUGGGGGUUUCCUUUGGCCAGCUCCAGAGUGUCUCCUAUUAUGUAGCCACAGGCGCGCGCGCCUCCAAACGCCGUGUGGGACGUACACGUCUGUCCAUGUUCCGUUUGCCCAGUGACACAUUAAAAGGACUUUAAGGUUUUCUGAA